UUCACCUCGUUACGUUAUCCACCCAACUCCCCGAAAAACCCCCUUUCUCCAUUUGCAUACCAAACUUUCAUUUCAAACGGAGAGAAAAAGGGGCGGUGUGCGGCUGAAAUUUUCUCAAUUCCAAUGGGUGAAGGAAAGCAAGGAGCUAUGGUGGUUGAAAUGCCGAAUAGCAGCAAUCAGAAUCCAAUAGCUCAGUUGCAGAACAAGUUUAAGGAAUUGGAAAUCGGCUUCAAAGGGUGGUUAUCGAAGCAGUCAAUUCCAGUUGAAGCUGCUGUCGUCACAGCAACUAGUGGACUACAGGGUGCUGCUAUUGGUGGAUUUAUGGGAACACUUACACAGGAUGUGUCUUCCUCUAUGCCUACUCCUCCUGCUGGUGCUAAUCUCAAUCCCCAAGCCAUGGCCUCUUUUCAACAAGCUCAGGCUCUUGCAGGAGGUCCGUUGGUUCAGGCUCGGAAUUUUGCUGUUAUGACUGGUGUUAAUGCUGGCAUAUCUUGUGUCUUGAAAAGAAUUAGAGGCAAGGAAGAUGUGCAGUCCAGUAUGGCAGCUGCCUUUGGUUCUGGAGCAUUGUUUUCACUAGUUAGCGGCAUGGGUGGCCCAAAUCCAGUACCCAAUGCUUUGACAUCUGGGAUUUUCUUUGCCCUUGUUCAAGGGGGACUGUUUGAGCUUGGGCGGAAGUUUUCGCAACCACCUGCUGAAGAUACGCAUUAUGUCAGAACGAGAUCACUAUUGUCAAGCCUUGGCCUGCAAAAUUAUGAAAAGAAUUUCAAGAAAGGGUUGUUGACAGACACCACUUUGCCUUUACUCACCGAUAGUGCUCUUAGAGAUGUGAGGAUCCCUCCUGGGCCAAGGCUUCUUAUUCUUGAUCAUAUACAAAGGGAUCCGGAACUCAGAAAGAAGCGAGGAUGAACUCACUACAAAAGAUGAAGUUUUCCUUUGUGGGAAAGACCUGUUCUGUAAUUUGAGAAGUAGUGACAGUUUCAUGUUAUGUUUUUAUAAUGUUCCGAUGAACUAGGCUAUUAUGGAACUUCUUUUGAGUGUAAGUUCUUGCCAUCAGUUAAGAAGGCAGACAUGCUAUUUAUCGAGUUUUUGAUCUAGAAACAUCAGAUUUGUCCACUAUUUUAAAGAAAAAGAAAAAUUAGAGUGUCA